GAGUUGCCUUGUAUCCCGGAAUAAUUAUUGUUCUUCUCUACACACAUAGUUCAGUUCGAUAGAAGGUGUCUCAUAGGGUUACGAUAUACCUACCCUUCUCCACAAAAUACAAGUGGGAAAAAACGUCCGAAAAAAAAAUUGUGGAAAAAAUUGUCCGACAUUCCAUUUUGAUGUAUUCACAGCUGUGUUAGAAUUUAUUGCCCUCUACUCAUUGGCAUUUAAAGCAGUAAUAUAUCUUGAGUUAAUAAGAUAUUGUGUAGUGAGAGAACGGAUAGUUGAAUUAAACAGGAGAAGAUAAACACACAGUGCCCAAAAUAAUAAUAUUGGGCAGUGAAAGCCCCCGAGAAACUCUCUCUCGAUAUAUUCACGAGAAAUCCUCGGAUUGUGUUUCAGUAGAAGUCGGAAACCAGCGGAGUUGUGUGAGUGUACACAAUCCAAGAAAAUCCGGGAGAACUUGAAAAUCCACCAAACUGCCCCCGUGACCCCCCAGUGUGAGUGUACGCAGGGAUUUGCGUAAAUCUGUAAGAUGAUAUGCUGAGGAAUGCGUAUAGGAAUAUCGGCAUGUUUGUGUGCAAGUGACUAAAGCUGUUUAAUGGGUCGUUAAAGACUGAGAUUGUAACUACUGAUUAGGCAGCAGCUCUUGUAUAUCAGGAUGGAUAUGAGUUCGUACCAGUUUGUGAACACACUGGCUCAGUGUUAUGAACAGGCCGGGGUGACAGGGGUAGGCAGUGUCGGUGCAGGAACUACCGCGACGGGAACCGGUCAAGAAUAUUACGGAAUGCAGUACCCUUCAUGCUAUUCUCCCGCCACCCAGGGGUACGCCCAGUACGCCAAUAUGAUGGGGGGCUCCGCCACCACACCCUCACAGGACUACACACCCCCUUCAUCCACCUCCCAGUCACGCCGGAGUCCUGGGCUCAUACCUCCCGCCUCAUCACAAACCAGUUUAGGUAUCCCACCCGCCCCGCCGGCAGGUAGUUGUAAGUACGCGGAUUCUAAUGUAGGUUCCCCGCAGGACCUUAGCACCACAUCUAGCGGUGGAACUCCUCAACCAGGACCAGGAGGAAAUCCUCCAAAAUCCCCAGAGUCAGAUUUUGAGGACCCCAACUCCCCCCUUAGCCCCACUCCGUCGGGGGGUGCAGCGUCCUCGACCAAAAAGGAGGAUGUCAAAUCAAAUCCUCCCCAGAUAUACCCGUGGAUGAAACGAGUCCAUCUAGGUCAAAAAUAUGCAGUUAAUCAAAACGGUGAAACUAAGCGUCAACGGACCUCUUAUACUCGCUACCAGACCCUAGAACUAGAGAAGGAAUUCCAUUUUAACAGAUAUCUAACACGAAGACGACGAAUGAAGUGGAAAAAAGAACACAAGAUGGCCAGCAUGAACGCUAUGCCUAUGCAUCAAAUGCACCCAGCUCUAGCUUAUGGUCAUCAUCCUCAUCUUCAGGCUAUGGGAAUGCAACACUUUGGACUGCAUGAGGCACAAAUGGCCCAACAUAACUUGGAAGCCAAGGCACAUUUUGCUCACUACGGACUCCAAUGACAAGAGGCAAUGUCGUCUUCAGUUAUUGACUUUUGAUUCCCGCAUUUUCCUCCCCGAUCUGCAGCCAAUCUAGGGCAGUAGUUUUAAAACGUGUUCAGGGUCAUCACGCGUCGACAUGCAGUGCUAUAUGAGAAAGCAGUACUCAGAGACAGGCACAAUUUUGUUGUAAAAGUACACAGCUCAUAGAAAUGUGCUAAAAAAUACCACUCAAAAUCUGGUGAUUUCAACCCGAGUGUAAAACUAGUGAAACCAAACCCGGUGAAUACUCAAGUUUAAGAAACCAAACUAAAUAUAUUAUUUAGAAACUAUACUAUGUAAACACGUGUUUAACUGGGAACUGAUGUAACCAGUCUGGGACCUCUCUUUUGCUCAUUUUUUACCAAGAAGUUCAACAAUUUCACCAGUCUCCUCCUCUAAGGGGGCCAUAAAGGGAGUGUAAGCGUAAUUUCAAGUGACCUUCCAAGCAAAAAUGGCAAUGCCCGAUUUACAACGGUACCCUU